CUGUUGACUCGCAACUACUGAAGUCUUGAAGACGCUACUCAAGCCUUUUUUGUUCCGUUUAUUUAAAAGAAAAAAAAGUCGAAGGUCAGUGUCCGACGACCGGUGCCGGUGGACGUGAGAUUCGGUCAGCAUGGAGGACAAGAAGACCGAGGACUGGCUACCUGCGGGAUGGACUGUGGAGGUUCGAGUGAGAAAGGAUGGUAGACAAGACAAGUGUUACUUUGCUCCUUCAAGUGGACUUAAAUUUAAUUCCAGGGUUCAAGUGUCUCACUAUCUUAACAACAGCCAUCCUGUGCCUGAAAAGAAGAGAAAAAGCCUUCACAAGGAAACCCCAAAAGAAGUCGUAGUCAAGAAGGUUGUGGCAGAAGGGUUACCUCCAGGAUGGAUGAAGGAAAUUAAAUUGACAAAGAAGGGCCGGAAAAUUAGAAGAGAUCCGUACUACACUGAUCCUGUAAGUGGAUAUGUAUUUCGCUCUAUGAAAGACGUGUCUCGCUAUCUUGAAUCUGGGGUGUUAGGACCAUACGCAUUCAAACCAAAGAACAAAGGAAGCAGCAAUGUUGAAUUGGAAGAUGAUAGCUCCUGUUCACCAGCUAUAGGCAAGGAGGAGAAGUUGGAUGUUGAUGUAACAAGGAGACAAAUCACUGGACAUCAGGCUUCAAAAUUGUGUGAGACAGUGAAGAAUGAAGAGAGAGACACUCUUGCCCAUACGGAAGAAUGCAUACCUUCCUCUGAACAUUCUUCUGAUCAGUGUAAAGGGGAUAUGGAACUUAGGAGUUCAGAAUUGCCAGAGCACAAGGACUUGAAGCAAAUUGAGCAGGGAAGUGAUUCUGAUAGAGUUAUAACAUCUGCAGUCCCUGAAGGUUGUCAGUGGACAGAACUUAAGAGAUCAAAAUUACAAGAGAACAAGGAUUUGGGGCACAUAGAACAGGUAAGUGACUCCGCUACAAAUAUGCCUCCUCCAGGUCAUGAAAUUGAUAUUAUUCCAGAUGUGCGAUCACUGGAAACUAGGAUGAGUAGUGGCGAAACUAAAAGGACUGAUCCUGGCAAGCGCAAAUCCAAGAAGAAAAUAGAUACUCAAUUGCCUCGCCGGGCCUCAAAGCGACUUGCUGGAAUCACUCUUGAUCCAGGGCCAGUGCUAAAAAUGGCUAAUCAAGCUCGCCAAGUUACAGUCAAACAUUCUGAUGGGGCAGAAGCUGGUGCAGCUCAGGAUUCUUCCACUGGGCUUGUAGCUUGUCAAAAAUCUCUGCAAUGUGAUCAACUCGAGUCGGGGGAAAAAGUGAGGUGCUCAUCUUCCGUGAGGACAGGAAUGUCGCUGGAUUCAGAUAAGACUAAGCAUUUCGCUGGGAACCUGGCUAAUCCAACUGAACAAGCUGGAAAGGAAGAAACAAAGGUUAAGGAUGAUAAAAAGCAAGGACGCUUUGCUGUUUCAUCGCACAGAAAUCUAGCUAUUAUGGAAGAUCAUUCUAUAAAGGUUGAAACUGAAAUAAAUACCAGUGAUAAGCCAGGGGACAACCUCAACCUGCCUUUGGCAGAAUUAUGGUCAGACCCAUGUAUUGCUUUUGCCAUAAAAACUCUCACUGGCGUAGCCUUCAAUGCUUCCACCACUACAGAAGGGUCCCUGGGGUCAAACAGUAGUCAAGUUGGGGCUUCAGAUGUUCAUGAGGAGUCUCAUAAAAAGGAAGGAAGAGUAUCUACAGGUCUGCCUCUGGAUAACCUACAUGUUCCUGACGAACUUGCUAGAAAGGUUGAAAGCAAUGACAAUACUCACGAGAAGCCAGGAUCCCCCCUCACUGUGCCUUUUGCGGAUGUGUGGACAGAUCCAUGCAUUGAUUUUGCCAUAAAAACCCUCACUGGUGCUAUUCCAUUGGACUGUGAUAUGGUUACUCAGGAUUGCUUUUCACAGCAAGUGGGCUCGUCACAAUCCCAAGAAACUAGGCCUAAUGUAGGUGAGUUUUGCCGAACCGUUCUUUUCUGCCAGCAAUAUGCUGCUGUGGAUAAAUGUUCACUCGAAGAACAAGCUCUUGUAGAGCAUGCGUUGCCAGUCACUGGAAACAUUAACCUCCAGUAUGCAGAUAGAACUAACCAACAUCAACUCACUGUCGACUGACAGAAUGGAUACCAAAGGUAGAAAAUCCACAUUUAGCUAUUUGAAAUGUACGUUUAGGACAACUUGGACUUUUGCGGGGUUCAUCCUUGACUUUGUCUGGUACUCUGGUUAGGGUUUGGCACCAUGUCCAGCAGUGUAUGCUUAAUUACAUGUAACCUUAUGAUCGGUUGUAUUGGAGCCUAACUGAUCAAACUUUUUGAUCUUGUAGUCAGCCUCAUGUUUGGAAGCAAACAUCUUGUUACUGCUGAAGAAUGUACCAUCAGAGUAUUUGUACUU